CUCAAGCACCGGCGCGCGUGGGACCUCGCCAUCGCGCCCGCCAAGUCGCUCCCCAUGCAGGCGUUCAUGCUCUACAUGUCCGGCGGGGGCGUGCAGGUCUUUUCGCUCGGCAUCGUGUUCAUGCUCCUGCUCUCGCCCAUCAAGAACGUGUUCGGGAUGAACACAGCCCCCGCCUCCGCCUCCCCGUUCCUCUCGCCGAACCUCAAGGCGUUCGAGCACACCCUGAUCCCGCAGAAGACCGUCUACGUGAUCUGCAACCUGCUCACGCUCGCCGUCGGCCUCUGGAAGUGCCGCUCGAUGGGUCUGCUCCCCACCGGCACGGGCGACUGGCUCGCGUUCGAGACGCGCGGCGCGGUGAGCGUU